AUGUUCGCUACAAAGCGGUUAAGCAAGGAGCUUCUCAAGAUAAAAGAACACCUCCCGCCCGGCAUCUCGAUCGUCAAAUCCGACAACCUCGAAGAAUGGCUCAUGGACAUCAAAGUGCUGGACGAGAAUCCGCUGUAUCUGAACGAAACCUACCGGUUGAAGUUCACCUUCAGCAAGAAAUAUCCAAUUGAACCCCCCGAAGUUCAAUUCGUCACCACACCUACACCCACCUCCCCCCCCCCCGCCUCCUCCGAUGAUAAUGCAAUCACAAACCCCCGCCGCACUAUCCCCAUCCACCCGCAUAUCUACAGCAACGGGAUCAUCUGCCUCGACCUCCUCAGCUCGGCCGGCUGGUCGCCCGUGCAGACCGUCGAGAGCGUCUGCAUGAGCAUCCAGAGCAUGCUGACGGCCAACAGCCGCAACGAGCGGCCCCCCGGCGACAAGGACUUCGUCUCGUAUAACCGCCGCCGGCCCCGGGAUAUUAAUUUCAUGUACGAUGAUGAUAAUGUAUAG